AUGGCGAAGGCGGUGAUAGCCCCUAAAUGUGCAGCGGGCGUGGGCAGCGCGACCAGGGCGGCCCCAGGCAGUGUGUGGGCUCCGGUACAGGCAGAUGCUGCCCGCCAUGCCCAUCCAUGCCCAUCCAUGUCCAUCCAUGGCCGUGGCCGCACCAGCCCAGCCCCAGCCCAGCCCCAGCAGACUCCCCCGGGCGAGGCGACUACGACUAAGACACUGCUAAACUCUCUUGAAUGCACGCCGCCGCCGCGCCAGACCAGACGCGACCAGUCAGCGCAGAACCCCCACACGCACACGCACACGCACCGCUAUACGCACGCCUGCGACCGACGGCGCGCCCUCCUGCAUGUCGGAUGCACCUGUUGCGACACCCGGGGCCUUGAGCCCAUGGAGCCCACCCAUGAUGGCGACGUGCAAAAGCUUGACUUGACUGCGCGCCCCGCCGCCCUUGAUGGCCACGCGCUGCUGGCUGCUGGCUGCUGGCUGCUGGCCGCUGGGCUGCAGUGCAGGCCAUACACGACACACGACACACAUACGACACACGACACAGGCGGCCAGAGGAGCAAAAAUGCCGCAACAGCCAACCCUCUCGACGGCCUGCAAAGCUAG